AUGUCCGGCGACUUUCCCCUUCCGCCGAUUCUGCAGACACCCUGCUCCUCUGAGCCUGUCCUCGUAACCCAGGGCGCCGAAGGACGCCUGUACAAAACAACCUACCUCACACCUAAUCUACCAUGUGCUCUCAAGUACCGGCCCCCCAAACCCUGGCGCCAUCCUACUCUCGAUGCUCGUCUCACAAAGCAUCGGAUCCUUUCAGAAGCUCGCAUUCUCUCGAGGUGUCGAAAGGAGGGCAUCAGAGUCCCCGGGGUGUACGCUUCGGAUGAGGUGGGCGGCUGGCUCAUGCUGGAGUGGGUGCCUGGCGCACCGGUGCGCGUCCGGAUCAACGAGGCCCUCGGAGACCGCCAGUGUGGGAUAGAAGAGGACGAGGAGCUCAAAUACCUGAUGCGGCGGAUUGGCAAGGCGAUCGGGGACAUGCAUGCCGUGGGCGUUGUGCAUGGGGACCUGACAACGAGCAACAUGAUGCUGAGCCCGAAGCCACUGAACGAAGUGAGCGGUGAGGCCGAGGGCGAAAAGGGCUGCCUCGAAGGCGAGAUUGUGAUUAUUGACCUCGGUCUAGCGAGUGGGAGUCUUCUCAUAGAGGAUCGGGCGGUGGAUCUGUAUGUGCUCGAGCGCGCGUUUGGAAGCACGCAUCCCCGAGCGGAGUGCAUCUUUGAUCAAGUGCUAGAGGCAUACAAGGGGACUUUUAAACAGGCGCCAGUCGUACUGAAGAAAUUGGAGGACGUCCGAAUGAGAGGACGGAAACGAAGUAUGAUAGGAUAA